UUACGAUUCCCGACUGCGAACUGCGAGUGCGUUUUGAAUUGUGGAAACGGGAGUGCGCGCGUAACUUUUCAGCGUCGCGGCGAUCGAUGUUUUAAUCUCGUUUUUCCUUGCAUCCUUCUAAAUAAAAAUGGAAGAAUUCAUUACGGCUUCACCGCAACAUUCCGAGGUUAUCUCAGAAGAGAAUGACGUAAGUUCUAGUAAGGAAGAAUGUUUAUUAGAAAAUACAAAUGUUCCAAAAACCAGAUUUACAACCGCUUACGUUACAAUCCAGAAACCUCAUAAGUCUGCGAUUAAAGAGAAAAAAACAUUUGCUUUUUGGACAUUGGUAAUUUUAUUAUUUUUACUAGCAGUGGGCAAUCUCAUAUUGACUAUGACAAUACUUGGAGUUUUACGAAUAGGAAAUGGCAUGCAAAGCAUAGAGUUACUGCCGGAAGAAAAAUCACUGAAGCUUUCUGGAGAUGUUGACCUCGAUCGCAUUUAUAAACAAAAUAACGUAUUAGAAGGUUUUGAAGGAGAGAACCUGGAUAUAACUUCUGAAGACGGCUCCAUAUUUGUGAACCUCUACACUCGGAUUAAUAGAAUUUUUAACAAAAUAAGAAUUGAAAAAAAUUUCACAUCCUUUAAUGGAUUUGAUUCCUUUGAAGUCAAAACCAAAAAUAAAGAGUCAAUUUUUAAAGUGAACAAUCCAGUGUUUGAUAAUUUAAAAAGUGUAAACACGUUAAAAAGUAAAAUUAUAGCCACCAAUAAAGUCAGAAGUAAAUUACAUGAGAAUUUGAAAAUUGAGGGAAACGUGGUGCAUUUAAAAGGGAACGAAGGAUCUAAAAUAGAAGCAAGAGAAAUUGUGUGGAGUGCUGACCAAGAUAUCUAUUUGCGAAGUAUUAACGGGUCCAUUCUGCUUAGCGGAAAAGAGGGUACCUACAUCGACGUAGAGCGAUUACCAAUCGCCAAGGUGCCGAAAAAGAGUUUUCUAACAGCUCAGUUUAAAAUAUGCGUGUGUAUGCCCCAGGGAAAACUAUUUAGGUUACCAAUAGCUAACGUGGACGAACGGGUGUACUGCCAUCAAGCCGACAUGUCGGAGAAGUAUAACCCUUGCAUGUAAAAUAUUACUGUAGCCAAUACUCCUGUUAUAGUUCAGAAUAAUAAGGGUAGUUUGUCAGUAAAAAUAAUUAAUGAAAAACUGAAAUGAAAGCACAGUAUUGAUGACAUUUAUAAGAAAUGGCCAAGGGGAUUGGCCAUUUUAAAAAGUAAGAGGUUUAUAUGAUAUAUGUAUGUAGUGUGGAGUACUGUGAAGUCAACAUAGGCAUAAACAUCCUUUCCUGGAUAUGUUUCCUAAUAAUUUAUUAUUAUUAAGGAGUUACACCGAUAAAAUAUGUGUGUAUCAGAAAUAUCUAGAAAUGGUUUUUGAAAUGUUUCUCUUAUAAUCAAAUAUUUGUAUUUAGAACUUAAAUCAUUCCUUUUGAAUACCGAUUUUAGAUACCAAAUCUGGAAGAAUAAUUAUCAGCUAGUUUAUAUUUUUAAUCAAAACUAUUGUUUUCGAAAUGAAAAAUCUUUGAGUGUAUUACAGACAUAUAGUUUGUUUCCUUUUUGUUAUAUAAUGUUUAAAUUCUAUAAAUUUGUUUUUGUUACUAAUUUAAAAAAAUAAUAAAUGGUCAUUGUAUGUAAUAAAUCAGUUUUUGUAUGUAAAUACUUCUACUAAACACUUACAUUUUGGAAAUAAACAAAAAUUUACAAAACAUAUUCAAUAAAUAAUAGCAUCAUCCGUAACUUGCUGUGGAUAAUAACACAUUCAUUAUAUCUUCAGUAGAAUUUUAAUAACGACAACCUUAUGACAGUGACAUGUCGCCUAAGUGGGCAUCAUCAGGCAGAUUUUUUUUUUAAAUCUACAAAGUAUCAAUACGUGACAAAUUUCUUUGGAUAUUGUGUACUGCUUAAGACAUAUGUUUUGAUGAUGCAUGGGGGCGAAACAUGUCACAGUAAUGACUUUAUUUGAAUGGUACUGCAGAUUUUAAGGGUUUUAUUUUCCACUUAUUAAUAACAAUUUAAAAUAAAAAUACGCCUGUUUUCGAAAUUAAAAAGCUUUGAGUGUACGUGAAAAACGUAUUGUUUUUUUUUGUUUGUUAAAAAAUAGAUAAAACGUUCCUUUUUUUAAUCUAAUGAGUAAGAAAACACAGGAUAACUAUUAUUUACCGCUCUACCACUAUAUCGGUUAUUAUGAGAGAUACCGUGAUGAGAAACCAAGGCAAAUUUGCUCAAUUUAGUGUUUAAGAAAAUGGUGCCAAUGGUGCAAAAGAGAUUGAAAAAUAUUAAAAUACAUCCGCAGAUUCUUGUUUUUCUUUUCAUGGAUUUAAAAAAAUGCACUUUGAUGGUAUUAGUUUCUCUCUUUUUUUUUAAAUAGUAUUAUAACAUUUAUUUUUUUAACUUUUACGCCUGCAUCAUGUUUGGUUUUUACAAUUCAUUAUUAUUGGUUUUUUCAAAUUUUAUUUUUUCUGAAUUAAAUCUUUCAGCUCAUAAUAAUGAAUGUAUCUAUAAUAUUUAUCGAUAACUUUUAUAUGAUAAAUUUUUACUUUAAAUAUAAACACUUCUCCCUAUAAGACACUAUUUUAAUCAUUAAGCUGUAUGCAACACUCUUUUCAGAAGAUCAAACACUUAGAGGUGAAAAUUAUAGGUCCUUUAAAAAGGACGGUGUACUAAAAAAAGCGGAUGAUGAAACAUCGAUUUUGGUAUUGUUAUUUAGGAGAGAAGAAAAACUGUCAUUUAUUUUUAAUUUACCUUGAAAUAAGGUAAAAGAAUAAUACAGACAAUUUUCUUUAUGUUGUAUCGCCAAUUUCUUAAGUAGGAAACUGUCCAAUUUGCUCGUUCUCAUAUAUCUCUUAUAAUAAUCGGUAUCCCUAUAGAACCUGUAUAGAAUUUUUUUAUUGUUAAAACCGAGUUUUAAAUUAAAAAAUCUUUGAAUGUAUUAAUAAACAUAUCUUUUUUGUAUAUUAAUAAAAGUUUAGUGACUAUAA